AAGACUAUGCUCCCCAUGAAGCCGGUGUGCGUCUUUCUUCUCGCUUGUGCCCUCCACCUCAGCCGUGCCUGGUCAGUGAACAAUUUUCUGAUGACCGGCCCAAAGGCUUACCUCGUCUACUCCAGCAGCGUGGCAGCUGGCGCCCAGAGUGGUAUUGAAGAAUGUAAAUACCAGUUUGCUUGGGACCGCUGGAACUGCCCUGAGAGAGCUCUGCAGCUGUCCAGCCACGGCGGACUCCGCAGUGCUAACCGGGAGACAGCGUUUGUACACGCCAUCAGCUCUGCUGGAGUCAUGUACACCCUGACGAGAAACUGCAGCCUUGGAGAUUUUGACAACUGUGGCUGUGAUGACUCCCGAAACGGACAACUGGGAGGGCAAGGUUGGCUCUGGGGAGGCUGCAGUGACAACGUGGGCUUCGGAGAGGCAAUUUCCAAGCAGUUUGUGGAUGCCCUGGAGACAGGACAGGAUGCCCGGGCAGCCAUGAAUCUGCACAACAAUGAGGCUGGCCGCAAGGCGGUCAAGGGCACCAUGAAACGCACGUGCAAGUGCCACGGCGUGUCUGGCAGUUGCACCACUCAGACCUGCUGGUUGCAGCUGCCGGAGUUCCGGGAGGUAGGCGCGCACCUGAAGGAGAAGUAUCACGCGGCGCUCAAGGUGGACCUGCUCCAGGGCGCGGGCAACAGCGCGGCGGGCCGUGGCGCCAUCGCCGACACCUUCCGCUCCAUCUCCACGCGCGAGCUGGUGCACCUAGAGGACUCCCCGGACUACUGCCUGGAGAACAAGACCCUGGGGCUGCAAGGCACCGAGGGCCGAGAGUGUCUGCGGCGCGGGCGUGCCCUGGGCCGCUGGGAGCGGCGCAGCUGUCGCCGGCUAUGCGGAGACUGCGGGCUGGCGGUGGAGGAGCGCCGCACCGAGACGGUGUCCAGCUGCAACUGCAAGUUUCACUGGUGCUGCGCGGUCCGCUGCGAGCAGUGCCGCCGGCGGGUCACCAAGUACUUCUGCAGCCGUGCCGAGAGGCCGCCGAGAGGCGCUGCGCACAAACCUGGGAAGAAACCCUAA